GUGAGAUGAUGUUGUUUUCGAAUCACAGAGUCAAUCGUCUCGAUCCAUCAGCCCAGUGUUGUGACUUCGGACAGAACGAUCCCUGCUCAGUGCACGAGACUCCUCACAGGAAGAGAAUAUCUCAGAAAUGCGUGAGAUCAUCAACGUUCACAUCGGGCAAGCCGGAGUUCAAAUAGGUGCAGCCUGUUGGGAGCUCUACUGUUUGGAGCACCACAUAAACCCAGACGGGACCCUUGGCGCCGCGGGAGAAGUCAAAGACCAAGACUUCGGUACCUUCUUCUCGACUACUGGCAGAGACCGCUAUGUCCCCCGAGCUAUCUUCGCGGACUUGGAACCUUCCGUCAUCGAUGGAGUGCGUAAUGGACCUUACCGACAAUUGUUUCACCCCGAGAUGCUCAUCACCGGGAAGGAAGAUGCGGCCAACAACUACGCCCGGGGACACUACACCGUCGGCAAGGAACUGAUUCAAGCUACGCUCGAUAGACUCCAGAAGAUGGCCGAUCAAUGCGACGGACUCCAAGGUUUCCUCAUCUUCCACUCGUUCGGUGGUGGCACUGGCUCGGGUUUCACCUCUCUUCUCAUGCAAAGCAUCGCUCAGGAUUUCGGCAAGAAGUGUCGACUUGGCUUCGCCAUCUAUCCCGCGCCCCAAGUUUCAACGGCCUUGGUUGAGCCCUACAACUCGGUCUUGACCACGCAUGCGACGCUCGAACACGCCGAUUGCGUUUUCAUGAUGGACAACGAGGCUCUCUAUAAUAUCUGUAGACGCAACUUGGGGGUCGAGCGUCCGGAUUACACGAACCUCAAUAGACUCGUCGGUCAAGCGGUUUCCGCCAUAACGGCUUCAUUACGAUUCUCAGGAGCGUUGAAUGUAGACCUGAACGAAUUCCAGACAAACCUUGUCCCGUAUCCGAGGAUCCACUUCCCCUUGGUUACGUACGCUCCAUUCGUUUCCGCGGAAAGAGCCCACCACGAGCAGCACAGCGUUCCUGAAAUCACGAACGCGUGUUUCGAGCCUCAGAACCAACUGGUGGCAUGCGAUCCUCGCAAUGGAAAAUACAUGGCUUGUUGUUUGCUGUACCGAGGGGAUGUCGUACCGAAAGACGUCAAUGCUACGAUCGCCGGCAUCAAACAGAAGCGGACGAUACAAUUCGUUGAUUGGUCCCCCACAGGGUUCAAGGUCGGCAUCAAUUAUCAACCCCCAUCCGUAAUACCAGGUGGCGACCUCGCGAAGGUUCCCCGGGCAGUGACAAUGCUCUCCAAUACCACGGCGAUUGGUGAAGCCUGGGCGCGUUUGAACCACAAAUAUGACCUCAUGUACUCCAAGAGAGCCUUCGUCCAUUGGUAUGUGGGUGAAGGGAUGGAGGAAGGAGAAUUCUCUGAAGCCCGAGAAAAUCUAGCAGCUCUAGAGAGGGACUACGAAGAAGUUGGCACGGAAUCCAGGAGCGACGGCGAAGGAGCCGACGAUCAGGCUGAGUUCUGA